GUACGGAGCAAACGAAGGAUGCGAUGUGGGAUCGUAUCGAGGAGAAGUUCUUCACGGCGAUGAAGAAGGACGGCUCCUACCGAACCCGUGACCAACUCACUUCCAAAUGGAGCCACAUCAACAAAAAAGUACGAAAGUUUAUGGGAGUAUACGAGGAAUGCUCCGGCAUGAACGACGCCGAUGUUCUCCGGCUUGCCACGACCCGGUAUCAAGACGACGGGAACCAAGGCAAGGUGCCCAUCGAUCUUUGGGGGAUUUUGAGUCAUUCCCCGAAGUGGCAACAACUCAACAAUCCCGACGGCGUAUCAUUCCGGAAAAGAUUAGCCGUCGACGCCGAGGUUGAGGUCGACGAGACCAUCGGUUCUACCGAUCAAAUCCCUUCCUUCAACGUUGCGGCUUCCGAUGACGAGGACCCCAUUCCACGGCCGAUCGGAAGAAAGAAGGCAAAAUCCAUUGCCUCUGGUUCGGGAGGGUCCGCCUCUAUUUCCGCUUCUCCUCGCGACGAAAUCGGCCGGGCAAUGGUUGAACAACUUCGGGCGUUCAAUCUCCAAGAACAAGAGAGGUUGAAGCUUAAAGAGAAGGAGUUGAAGCUAAAGGAGCAGGAGGCCGAGAUGAAAGUCAUGCAAACCGACCCCGGGACGUUGUCGGAGUUUGGACGAAUUAUCUACGAGCAAAGAAUGAGAGAGAUCAAGGAGAAAUAUAAUUUACCUUAGUUUUUUUUUAUUAAUGAAAUUGGCAAUACCUCCGCUAGCUGGAUGAAGAAAAAACAAGACUCAAU